GUUUUCUCGAUUUCUUUUUAUUUGUUCUUUUUGCUUGAUUUCUUGCUUUCCUUUCGAGUUCGGCUUUUUUUGGCCAGAGGGUGCCAAUAGGUAGGUAGGUAACCUCACAUUGCGAGGGGAUUGUUUCUCAUGAUAUAUUUUUACUCGUAGAUCCAGGUUUCUCAGUUCAGGUGAACUUCUUCGCUCCCGUGGCACCACUCUCUUAUAGCCAUUACCCCUUUCUUUGAACGAGAGCCGAGCACUGAACCUGAACCCAUCUGCUCACCCGCCACCCCUUAACCAACCACCAUGGACCCCCCACCAACAUUCAGCACCUUCGCCUGCAUCGGCACGGGCUUCUCGGGCAUCUGCCUCGGCGCGACCCUCGAGCGCUGGCACCAGCUCCUCAGCACCACCCCCCUCUCCACCAACACCAAAACCUCCCCCAACAACACCCCGCCAUCCCUCACCCUCUUCUCGCGCGACUCAGACCUCGGCGGCACCUGGACAGUCAGCCGGUACCCCGGCGCAGCCUGCGACGUUCCCAGCGCCUUGUACUCCUUCUCCUUCGCGCCCAACCCGCGCUGGACACGCGUCCUGCCCCCCGCGGGCGAGUUGCACGCCUACCUGUCCGGCGUGGCCGACCGCUACGGGGUGCGGGAGCGCAUGGUGUUUGGGGUGGAGAUCUACCGGUGCGUGGGGGGGGGGAAGGGGUUCGUGCAUGAGUGUCGGUUUUUGUUCUCCGGGGCGGGGCAUUUUACAAGGCCGAGGGAGUUGGGGAUUCAGGGGGUGGAGGGGUUUGAGGGCGAGGUUUUUCACUCCGGGCGGUGGAGGGAGGAUGUGGAUUUGAGGGGGAAGAGGGUGGUGGUGUUUGGGAAUGGGUGCACGGCGGCGCAGAUCGUGCCGGCGAUCGUUGGGCAGACAAGGCAUCUGACGCAGGUGGUGCGGUCGAAGCAUUGGGUGUAUCCGCCGAUUGAUAAGCGGAUGCCCAAGCCUGCGCGGGUGCUGCUCGGGCUGGUGCCGGGGCUGGCGACGGUGCAGCGGUUCUUGAUCUAUACCAUGGCUGAGAUCGACUGGAAGGGGUUCAAGUUGACAGAGGCCGGGGCGAGGUUCCGGAAGAACAAGAGGAAGGAGGUGGAGAGGUACAUGCGCCAGACGGCACCGGAGAAGUACCACGACAUCCUCAUCCCGGACUUUGAGAUUGGGUGCAAGCGGCGGAUCUUCGACACAAACUACCUCGAGACGCUCCACGCCGAGAACCUCACCCUGACAAACGAGGGCGUGGCCGAGAUCCUGCCCAACGGGAUCCGCAUGCAGAGUGGGAAGGUCAUUGAGGCGGACGUUAUUGUCAUGGCCAACGGUUUCAGCACCAACCAGUACCUCGGGGGCGUUGAGGUGGUCGGCCGUGGCGGUGAGACGCUCGAGGAGCACUGGGAGUCGUUCGGUGGGCCCGAGGCGUACAAUUGCACCUCUGUCAGCGGCUUCCCGAAUAUGUUCUUCCUCCUUGGCCCCAAUACCGCCACCGGACACACCUCGGCCAUCAUGGCCAUCGAAAACGCAGUAAACUUCUCGUUGCGCGUCCUCAGACCCGUCCUCGAAGGGCGCGCUGCUGUGGCUUGCCUCAAGCGGUCUGCCGAGGAAGAUUGGACCAACCGCCUGCAGACCUCCCUCAAAGACACCGUUUGGACCGGGUGCAACAACUGGUACACCCGCGGGCCCAAAGGCAAGGUGUGGAACGCCAUGACAUACCCAUGGAGCCAGGCGCGGUGCUGGUACGAGAGUCUGUUCCCCAGGUGGGAGGACUGGGAGUUUACUGGCAAAUCGGAGCCGGUCCUUGUGAAACGGCAUCGUGUUAGACUCUGGUUCCUAAACUUUGCCGUCCUAGUAGUCGGUGGCUUGUUUGCGUGGAUUAAGAGGAACCCAGACUCUCGGCUCGCCACGUUGGUCGCAGUACAGGCCGCAGCGCUACCUGCUUGGAAGACGUGGGCAUUGGAUUUGCUACCUAAGUUGCGUCAGAAUUAAUGCGUUAGGACCCAAGGGCUUACGAGGAUAAAAUGUAUCAAAAACCAAGGAACGUACGAUCGGGAUUGCAUUGUGUAAACUGACGGGAGAUUCGGUACCGCUUUGUUGAUAGAAAGAUGUUGGAUAGGUAGAUUUGGAUUGUUGCGUGUAAAAUAAAAAUAUCACUUACAGGAAACACA